UAAAUCAUUCGACCUGAGAGCGCGUGAGCGCAACUACACAGCCUACGCUACUGUUGCGUCCAGCUUUCCUCCCCAUUCACUUAUACUCAGAUGUAAACGUUCAUUCUAGUGAUGCCGCUGAUGCUGUAACAAAGUGGCAUUUUAAAAAAUCGAUUAUUUCUAGCAGGAAAUGUUGCACACAGGAAAAGUGUUUACAAUUUAUUUCUAGUAGUUUUUUGGCUGCCAACGUCAGGAUGGGAUCCCACGCAAAGUCAGCGAAUAAGAAGGCCAAGGAAUCUAUCAACUGCCUCAAAUCAAACUUUUCAUAUUGUUUAGUCGGGAUGUUAAUUGUCUUUUGUAUCAUGCUGUCGGUGUGUUCUAUGGCGUUUUGUUUUUUGGUCAAUUUCAAGACAUCUUACCUGGAGUACAGAGUGCAUACAUUGGAGAUGGAGAGAAUGUUCCUGAUCCAUCCCGAUGCAUCCGCGCAGGAUGAGAAUGGAACAGUACCUGGUCUCCAGGAUAUCAUUGAAAAAAUUGUGCAAGAGAGACUGACCAUAGCACUGCCCAAACUUCGCACUGCCAGGGAGGUCAUUCAAGAGUGCUCCUGUCCUCCAGGGCCUCCAGGAAAACGGGGAAGGCUGGGAAGACAAGGCGACCCUGGAUCUCCAGGUGAUCAGGGUCAGGCUGGCCCUCCCGGCCCCCCAGGGCCCCCUGGCUCAACCGGCCUCAGAGGACCAUCUGGGAACACAGGGAAGGAUGGGCCCAGAGGUCACCUUGGGGAGCAGGGUCCACCUGGUCGAGAUGGAACUGAUGGAUUAGAGGGACAAAUGGGUCCUCCUGGACGACAGGGUGAGGAUGGACAGCAUGGCAUGCUUGGACCACAGGGACCUCCAGGGCUAAAGGGGGAGCCGGGGCAUGCUGGCGACCAGGGCAGGAGUGGCCUUGAUGGACUACCAGGGAUGAAGGGGGAGAAGGGAGACACAGGGCCUCAGGGGGACACGGGCUUACCCGGAGAGAAGGCUGUUCUUGAGUCCUAUGACAUCGGCCUUGGCCAUGUCUUUCAGGGCCCCCCAGGGCCACCAGGAGGACAAGGGCCAAAGGGAGAAUCAGGCUCACAUGGUGCACCUGGAGCUGAUGGGGAUAGGGGAGCCAAAGGGGAGAGAGGUGAUGACGGGAUGCCUGGAGUGGCAGGGGAAAAGGGAGAGAGAUGUCUGACGGGCUUAACUGGGCUUGUGGGAGCUGACAGCAAAAAAGGAGCGAGAGGAGAUUCAAGGUUUGAGGACAAUCUGGCCCAGAUCAUCUCUAUCGCAGGCCCUCCGGGGCCCCCCGGACCUCCUGGGCUCCAAGGAUUCAUGGGACAUCAUGGAAUGCCUGGCCCCAAGGGGGAACCAGGAGACAUAGUGAGCGGAGAAAAGGGGGAUGCAGGUGACAGAGGACCUCCUGGGUUAAGGGGUAUUCAGGGUCUUCCAGGUUCUACAGGAUUGGUUGGUCUCCCUGGCACCAUAGGGAGAAAGGGAGAGCAAGGAUUGCCGGGAUUGGAUGGUUUCCCCGGGCUGAUGGGAGAAAAGGGGGACAGAGGGGACCGAGGAGAUAAGGGUGACAGGGGGAUGCUGGGAAAGAAGGGACUGAAGGGACAGAAGGGCGAGGAGGGCCCCCCUGGACUGGACCAGCCCUGUCCUGUGGGUCGGGAUGGAUUGCCCAUACCAGGGUGUUCGCAUAAGUGAUGAGUUACCUGGUACAUGGGAUCUGUACAUAUCGAUAUAUAUUUGUCAACUAAAAUUCAAGUGUAGUUUUUUUGUUGUUGCCAAUUCCUAUUUAAUAUGUUGAGGUUUUCAUAUUGGAAUUCACAAUCAAUAUUUUUUACUUUUUGCAUAUGAAAAGAAAACAUGUUUUUUUUAUAAGGUUUAGAGAUUAGGUAGAGGAAAGAUCUAGUGCACACAAAGAAGGAGACUGGUUACAAAUGGAAAGGAGCAGCAAAUGAAAUACAGUAUUAACCUGAAAUACAGUAUGAUUGACUGUCUAACAGACUCACUAGUGUUCCCACAUGGAGAUCCAGCAUUGGAGUGUGCAACUCAGCCUGCACCUUGCAAAUGAUUCUACUACAUCACUCCUGUGAUUGUUGUUUGCUUUGAAAGGACCAACCGUCACGGCAUGGACCCAAUGCCAUGCGCCUAUCCCAACCUUAGGAAAGGUACAGAUGUAGGGUCUUAAUUUGAUCCAGUUUGCUACAGCAGGAACAUAAUCCUGCAGCAACAGGACAUGUGAAUUAUUAUGUGGAUUAUAAUUACUUGACAUUUUUUGUAGGGGUUGAUAAACAUUUUGUUAUGGCAAAUCAAGUUUGACAUUUUUAAGUGGAAAUUACCAACUUUAGGAGCCUUUUUAAACAUCAAAUACAUCACACGUUUGCGUGUCCUGCCGUGCAGGAAAAUUCUCAGCCACAAAAGAGUGAUCAAAUUAAGAUCCUUCAUCUGUAUGGGGAAGCGCAGAUGAUGGCCCUCACCAUGGAAUCUUUGUUUGCAAUAAUGGUCCCAAAUGUGCUUAAUGUUUAGAUCAUUAUCGGUCUAAACCGUUUUAGGAUGUUUAUGAUGGUUUCAAAGUUUUUACCUAUUGUUGCAUCAAAUGCUUUUUUUCAUUCCUCUGAGUGCUCUAACCAUGCUAUGUGGAAUUAAUUGACACAGAACACUGUACAACUUUUAGAAUUAGGCCUAACAUGGAAAAUGUAUGAUAAUAAUAAUACAAAUGUUUUGAAGACUUUUUACAUCUGACAUCAAGGUAAACAAAAACAUCUACCUAUCAAACCUACCUGUUUGGCUGAUUGGGUUAAAUGUUUGUUCUAGGAACAUGCCGUUUUUAAUGAAGUUGUCUGUCAUAUUAAAUACUAUUUCAAAUGCUAAUUGUUGUAUUCUUAAUUAUGAAGUUCAAGUUGCAUUGUACUUUAUAAUGUUGGUGGCCAACUUUUUUCAUUUUUCUUUCUUCAUUUUGUAAAUGCUGUCGGUUGGUGUCGGUUCUGUCCAUUGAGGUAUAAAACAACUGUAGACUGCUGCCAAGAUGGACGCCUGUUGUUUUCAACGUAAUCUACGUAAUCAUGUUUGCAUACGCCGUUUUGUGGUCACUGCCAUCUGCUUUACAGAUAACGCCUGCGCACUAGCAUUCAGUGCGCACUGGAGCAAGCGCAAGCAGCGACAAUGUCGUCACGUCAGCCAGAUGAUUGGCAGGCAAUUGAUGAAUAUUAAAUGUUCAUAUUUCCGGCUGUGAAGGAUGAAGAAAAAAACGGCCUUGAAGACAAUUACUGGAAAAAUCAUUGGAGGUUGCUGAGGGGAGGACGACUCAUAAUAAUGGCCGGAACAGAGCAAAUACCAUUCCACUCAUUCCGCUCCAGCCAUUGCCACGAGCCCAUCCUCCCCAGUUAAGGUGCCGCCAACCUCAUGUGAAUUCAAUGGAUAUGUUAGCCACAAAGGUGAUAACAAAAGUGUCAUUUUAGGAAUAGGGUCGUCUAUGGGAAUUGUCCUUUUGGUUUAGGCUUUAUUUACACUGCAGUACAAAAAGUGCCCUCUGAGCACAGUGUUCCAAACAAGAACCGUGGCAGGACCAAGUUUGGGAAAGACUUGAUCUACACAAUAUAAAUGCUACUGGUGUGAACCAGAUGGACUACUGCCAUCAUUGCGGGUGUGAUCAUCAGACCAAUCAACGAUUCAGAACUUUCUGAGAUCAACCAACCAGCUCGAGGACCUGCUGCUCUAUUUUUGAGUUUUUAACUACAAUGUUUUGUCCUAUCUGUUAUUUGUGUAAAGGCUGGAAUGUCUGAUGAAUUUAUGAUUUGUGCCUUAGUAGGUCUAUUGCCUAGCCUGCUUUGUGUAGCAUUCAACUGAAAUGUGUCUUCCGCAUUUAACCCAACCCCUCGAUUAAGGCAACGGGGGCCUGCCUUCAUCGACAUCCAUGUCAUGGGCGCCCGGGGAAAUGUGUAUGUUGUUUUGUUUUAUGAGGACCACAACGGAAAUACGUUUGAACUUUUUACUUAAAUGCAUUAAUCCACAUGCAUGGUUGUAUUGUGUUUUUAAAUUGUCAAAUAACAAAACAAGUAAAAGUUAAUUGAUGUUAUAAGAAGCUAGCUAAUCUGUUGUAAGAAUCUUUAGCGAUAGCUCUAUCUACAUAUCAGGAACUUUGUCAUUCCUCCUCAGACCUCACCCCUCCCCUAGUCAAAUAUCAAAUUGCACCAGUCAAGCAUCACCCCUCCUCCUCACUUGUGAAGUGUCACCCUCAGCCCUGCAUUGGUCAGUUAUCACCCCUGAUCUGGUCAAGCCUAACUUCUUCUCACCCCUUACCCUUCCACUCUUUUAUUCACAAUGAUAAGCUUUUCAUUAGCUGAAAUACAUGCAAAGCGCCAACAACCACAAUAACAUGUAGAAGUAGAAGAUUGGGAAAUUGUAUCUGCCAAUUCUGAUUUAUCAUAAUUAGCUACGAUUAAAUUAAUUUCAAUG